UAAGCCGGAGAGUUGGAAGCGGGUGAGAGUCGAAGAGUCCACAGCUCUCGCCUCUCCGGUGCUCCGUGUCUGCGAGCCACUCUUCCACGGGCUGACUACCACCCCCUCGCCUCCUCUGACCAUGCAGAAGAACACGAAGUUGGCCCUCGCCUCGGCGAUUCUUCUCGUGAGCCUCGCAGUGGCUCUCAUCCUGGGUCUCACCCUGGGUCUUCGUCGCACCGAUCCGACCCCCGUGACCCCCCCGGUGACCCACUCGUACCACAGCGCCGCCGUGGCAGCCGAUGCAGGGCCGUGCUCCGAGGUCGGGAGGGACGCGAUGAAGGACGGCGGCUCCGUGGUAGACGCAGCCAUCGCGGCGCUCCUCUGCGUCGGCCUCUUCAACGCGCACAGCAUGGGCAUCGGCGGCGGGGCCUUCUUCACCAUCUACAACGCCUCCACCGGGACAGCGGAGUUUAUAAACGCGAGGGAGACGGCUCCGCUCAACGCCACGGAAAACAUGUUUGGGAACAACUCUGACCUCUCUCUGACCGGCGGGCUGGCAGUCGCCGUGCCCGGCGAGCUCCGCGGCUACGAGCUGGCGCACCGCCGACACGGGCGCCUGCCCUGGGCGCGCCUCUUCCAGCCGAGCGUGGGCAUGGCGCGACAGGGCAUCCGCGUGAGCGGCGCGCUCGCCGCGGCCAUGGAGUCCGCCCGGGGGGAGAUCGAGUCGAGGCCGUCGCUCUGCGAGGUGUUUUGCGACGAGUCGGGGAAGGUUCUGCGCGAGAACGACACGGUGAGGUUCACCAAGCUGGCCGACACGCUGGAGGUGAUCGCCAGGGAAGGCGCCGACGCCUUCUACACCGGCUCGCUGGCGCGCAACAUCAGCCGCGACAUCCAGCGGGAAGGUGGCAUCGUGACGAUGGAAGACCUGGAGCGCUACCAGGCAGAGCUCGUACUGGAGCCGCUGCGCUCCGAGCUGGACGACUACGUCAUCUUCACCCCGCCGGCCCCCUCCAGUGGCCCCGUGCUCACCCUCAUCCUCAACAUCCUCGCCGGCUACAAGAUGACGUCGCGGAGCCUGGACGAGGAGCAGAAGUCCCUCACCUACCACCGCAUCGUCGAGGCGUUCAAGUUCGCCUACGCCAAGCGCACCGAGCUGGGCGACCCAAACUUUGUCAACCUCACCGACCUGAUGAAGAACGUCACGUCGAAGGACUUUGCCGAAGCGCUGCGGCAGAAGAUCUGGGACAACGCGACGCACGGCGUGGAGUACUACGAGCCGACGUUCUACGUGCCGGAGGACAGCGGCACGGCGCACCUGUCGGUGGUGGGGCCUGACGGCAGCGCCGUCUCCGUCACCAGCACCAUCAACUUCUACUUCGGCUCCAAGGUGCGGUCCCCCUCCACCGGAAUUAUUUUCAACAACGAGAUGGACGACUUCUCCUCGCCGUACAUCGUCAACGGCUUCGGGGUGCCCCCGUCGCCGGCGAACUUCAUCAGGCCCGGGAAGAGGCCGCUGUCGUCCAUGUGCCCCACGCUGAUCGUUGACAAACAGAGCCGGGUGAAGCUGAUCGUGGGAGCGUCCGGAGGCACCAAGAUCACCACCGGCACGGCGCUGGUCAUCGCGAACGCGCUGUGGUUCGGCAUGGACGUGGUGGGCUCGGUCGAGCACAAGAGGCUUCACAACCAGCUGAUGCCCAACGUCACGGAGAUCGAGAAAGGGUUCGACCAGGUUGUGGCGAGCGGACUACAGCAGAGGAACCACGACCUUGAGUGGAUAGACUCAGCCGGAUCCGUGGUGCAAGCCAUCCUGCGCGAUGGCAACUACUGGACGGCCCAGUCGGACUCCCGCAAAGGGGGCUACCCAGCAGGAUUCUAGCCGGACACAAUGCCAGAUGCAAACCAGAUACUAGCCAGAUGCAAGGUGGAUGCAAGCCAGAUACCAGAUGAAUAGAAGCCAAAUGCAAGGUGGAUGCAACCGGGACAUGAACCAGAUGUAAGCUGGAUGAAAGUCAGAUCCAAGUUGGAUCACAACCGGAUACUAGCCAGAUUCACCAUGGAUGCAAGGCCAAUAUAAAAACAGAAACUAGCCACAUAUUAGUCAGGUGUAAGGUAGAUACAAACCAGAUGUUAUCCAGAUACAAUGUGAAUCUAAAACAAUACCACUCAGAUGCAAGUCAGAUUCACAGCAGAUACAAACCAGGCACCACCCAGAUGUUAUACAGAUACAUUGUGGAUGUAAAACAAAUACCACUCAGAUGCAAGUCAGAUACACAGCAGAUACAAACCAGGCACCAACCAGAUGUUAUCCAGAUACAAUGUGCAAGUGAGAUACACAGCAGAUACAAACCAGGCACCAACCAGAUGUUAUCCAGAUACAAUGUGGAUCUAAAACAAAUACCAGCCAGAUGCAAGUCCGAUACACAGCAGAUACAAACCAGGUACUAACCAGAUGUUAUCCUGAUACAAUAUGGAUCUAAAACAAAUACCACUCAGAUGCAAGUCAGAUACACAGCAGAUACAAACCAGGCACCAACACAAAUGCAAGCCGGAAUCAACGGGAGUUAUGAGGCGAAAGACAAAGGGGGUCCCAGGAGGUGCCAAUGAGGCCACUGCAGGAGCCGGGACCUGGUCGCCGUUCGAGCCGGCACGUGCGUGUGGAGUAAAUUUCCACGCGAUAAGCCACUUUGUUGAGCUACUAUCUGUGGGCCAGGUCGCUUCCGAGAAAGAGCUAUG